CUCGCCUCUCUGCGGCUCCGGCAAAACCCAAGCGGGACGAGAGGACGCGACACGGAUCCGGACGCCGGGAUGACGGAAGCCACCAAAACCCACGUUAUUCUGCUGUCCUGCGGGAGCUUCAACCCCGUCACCAAGGGCCACAUCCACAUGUUCGAGAAAGCCAGAGAACACCUGCACAAGACGGGCCGCUUCAUCGUGAUUGGAGGAAUCAUCUCACCUGUACACGACUCCUAUGGGAAACCUGGCCUGGUGUCCAGCAGACACCGCCUCAACAUGUGUCAGCUGGCCGUCCAGUGCUCCGACUGGAUCAGAGUGGAUCCAUGGGAGUGUUACCAGGACACGUGGCAGACCACUUGCAGCGUCCUUGAGCACCAUCGUGACCUGAUGAAGAGGGUUACCGGGUGUAUCCUGUCCAACGUAAAUACACCGUCCACAACUCCCAUGAUUACUCAGCCACAGAACCAAGCCCCACCCAUCUUCCAGAACCACAACAACAUGACCCACAAGCCGACUGCAGUCAAACUAUGGGGGAAGAUGAGCGAGAACUUGGGGAGGAUUUGUUGUGUCCGCCCGCACGUCGAACGCUUCACCUUUGUGGACGAGAAUGCCAACCUGGGUACUGCCGUGAGGUACGAGGAAAUCGAGUUGCGCAUCUUGCUCCUGUGUGGAAGUGACCUCCUGGAGUCCUUCUGCAUCCCUGGCCUGUGGAAGGACAGUGAUAUGGAGGUGAUCGUUGGGGACUUUGGGAUAGUGGUGGUGCCACGUGAUGGAGUGGAUACAGAGAAGAUCAUGAACCACUCCUCCGUCCUCCGCAAACACAAGGACAACAUCACUGUCGUGAAAGAUGACAUCCACCACCCAAUGUCCAUUGUGAGCUCAACCAAGAGCAGGUUGGCCCUUCAGCAUGGUGACGGUCACGUCGUGGACUACCUGAGCCAGCCGGUCAUCGACUACAUCCUGCAGAGUCAACUUUACAUCAACGCCUCGGGAUAGAACCUGCACCUACUGGCACGAUCAUGAGAAG